UUUCCGGCAUCGCCGUUGUGUAGGUGAGCGCUGAGCAACAAUCAUGGCGGCUCCCGAUAGGAAGCAGGUUUUCAAGUUUAUCAGCCAGUUAGGAGCGUUUAUUUUGACCCGGUUCGGGUUUUGGAACUGCUUCUGUAUGUUGAUGCUGUUUGCUGAGCGAGCGGAUUCAAAAAGGAAGCCAGACAUCCAUGUACCAUAUCUAUAUGUGGAUAUGGGGGCUGCAGUGAUCUCUGCCAGCUUCAUGUCAUUUGGAGUGAAGAGGAGGUGGUUUGCAUUGGCUUCUGCAGUUCAGCUCGCUAUCAGCACGUAUGCAUCAUAUGUUGGAGAGCAGGUGCACUACAGUGACUGGCUGAAGGUACGAAUGUAUUCCAGAGCUUUGGCUAUUAUUGGAGGAUUUCUGGUUCUGGCCAGCGGAGCAGGGGAGGUGUACAGACAGAAAGCUCGCAGCAGAUCCCUGCAGUCGACAGGGCAGGUUUUUCUGGGAGUCUAUCUCAUUUGCAUGGUGUACUCCCUGCAACACAGCAAAGAAGACAAGCUUGCCUAUCUGAACCACAUCACUGGAGGAGAGAUCACUCUGAUGCUGCUGGGGGUGCUGUUUGGGGUGCUGGCUCUGGCCUUCCUCUCUGGCUGCUACAUCCGUCUGGCCGCUCAGAUCCUGGCCACUGUGCUUCCUCUGGUGGUCCUGCUUAUUGACGGUAACCUGGGAUACUGGCACCACACUCGCAAGGUGGAGUUUUGGAACCAGAUGAAGCUGAUUGGACACAAUGUGGGCAUCUUUGGCGCUGCACUGAUCCUGGCUACCGACGGCUGAGACCCGAGGUUCUCACAAACGACUUGAACUAACAGUUGUGCUCACAUGCACAGGAUGAGAUUGUUGGCCUUUACUCUUUGUCACUCCCUGACUUUGCACUCAAAGUUGCUGUGACUCCUCAGGAUUCAAACUCUCCAAGCGGAGAUGGGUGGAUGUAAGCCACAAUGAUUGUUUUUACCCACCUGAUGGUAAAGUAUUGCAAGAAAAAUAAAAAUCCAAGCUUUCCUUUUUGCAAUUUCAUAAUUUAUUUGGAUGCAUGUUGACAUGUUGUCUGUUAUGCUUUGAAAUGUGACUGACUGUACUGUAAAGCUGCAGGAGAAAUGUUUUGUUGCAAAACUUAGUCUUAAAUUUAUGGUUCAAAUAUUUGACUAUUAAAGGGAAAUUUAGUUUGUGACACUGCUAAUAAAAUCAGAUUACUUCUGUUCCAAAUAAACACUUAUUUGUUGCAUUGCUUAUAAUUGCUGUAUUCACAUAGGUCUAUGUAGGUUUUCGUUAAGUAUAUAGGGUUCAUAUUUUGUAUGAAAUAACAGCACAAGAUACUGAAUUGUUGUUUUUUUAAUCCGAGUAUCUUGUCUGGUUCAAAGCUGUUGCAAAUAAAAUCUCCUGUGCUUUU